AUGAUCUGUUGUCUCUCGUUCCCCACCAAUAACGACAAGAUAUCUGAAUUAUUCUUUGUUACAAUUAGACUACUUGUUUCUUUCUUUUUAUGUCUUUCAAUUCCAUUUUCUUUUUUCUUUCAGUUAGAUAUUUCUUUUCUUAAUUUAUCUACUUUAUUUCUAUCUUUAAGCUUCUUUUUUUCUUUCUUUCUUUCUUUCUUUUUUCUUAUUUUCUUUUUUCGGUCUUCUUUCUGUCUUUCUUUCUAUCUUUCUUUUUCUUUCUUUCUUUUUUCAUACUUUCUUUCCUUUUUACUUUUUCUUUCUUUUAUCUUUCUUACUUUCUUUCACUUCGUUUUGUUAUCACUAUAUAUCUAUCUUCAUUCAUGUUUGUCUUUUUUCUUCUCUUUUCUUUUUCGUCUUCCUUUAUUGAUUAUCUUUUACAUUCCCUCUCUUUUGUUAACCCAAUCCUACCAUUUUUCUUUUCUUUUCUUUUCUUUCUUUCUUUCUUUCUUUCUUUCUUUCUUUCUUUCUUUCUUUCUUUCUUUCAGAACUUAUUACUAUGCUCUUUCUAAUGUGAUAACAAUAACUUGUUGUUGUUGGUCUUCUUCUUCUUCUUCUUCUUCUUCUUCUUCUUCUUCUUCUUCUUCUUUUUCUUUAUAUAUUGUCUUUAACAUGAUGAUACACCGCGCCAUGAUUGUCAACCCAUUUGACUUUAUUCUUUCUUACUUUCCUCUCUCUCUCUCUCUCUCUCUCUCUCUCUCUCUCUGUAUCAGUCCUUUUCUUUAUCUGUUUUCAUACCUCUCUUUCUCUCUCUAUCUUUCUAACUCAUUUUUAUCCCUUUCUCUGUUACUUUCUCUUUCUCUCUUUCUACCCUUUUUCCAUGUCUCUCUCCUCCUCCUCUCUUUCAUUUCUGCUUCUCUCACUUUCCUAUUUUCCCCCAUUAUCUAUUUCUUUUAUCUUUAUAUAUUUCUUUACUACUUUCCCCAUUUUUUUCUGUCAUUUACACCACCCUUUCCUUUGCUUCCUUUCCAUUUCGCUUCUUUCUAA